AUCAGAAUCACGGCCGAAGCGGACUACCAGAGAUCAAUUUAAAAUUUGUAACAUUUAAAAUUUACAUUUCGCUAAUGUAAUCAAACUGGGGAAUUCUGUAUAGAAUCCUCCUAAUCCUAUGGAAUAAAGUCAAUCAUAUGUUUAGAUAACAAAUUGAAUUGCUAAUAGGGCAAGUCGACAAGUUUUUCUUUUUGAUGUUGUUCGAAUCCUUAUCGAAAACUGAAUAAUGGAAGAAAAAAAACAGAUAUGUGUACUGGGAGCUGGAAUCGUAGGGAUGACCACUGCUUUUAUGAUGAAAGAGAAGCAUACCAAAUGGGAUGUCACGAUCAUAGCAGAUAAAUUUGAACAAGACACUUUAAGUGACAUUGCUGCAGGCAUAUUCAGACCAUCAACAAGUUUUAAAGGACCCACAUCAGAAAUAACAAAGCAAUGGCUUGUGGAUGCCUACCAUCAUUAUAAAAGAAUACAAAUCACCAAAGAAACUGCUGAAGCUGGUGUACAAGAAGUGUCUGGUUAUGUACUCUCUUCAAAGUUCCCUGAAGUAACAAAGAAUCAAUUUUUGGAAGACCUUCUACCUGUGUACCGUCGUGCCAAUGAGCUUGAACUUAAAAUCUGUCCAGGAGACUGGAAAUAUGGAGCAUUCUUUACCACCCUUGUGAUUGAAAGUCGUUAUCAUUUGCCUUGGCUUAGAAAUAAGUUUGAGAGGCUUGGUGGAAAAAUCGUUAAAAAAACCAUCAAUAGUUUCCAGGAUGUCGAAGACUAUGACCUAGUAAUAAAUUGCACUGGAUUCGGAGCUAAAAAAUUAUGUGUAGACCACGAUCUGGUACCGAUACGAGGACAGGUUUUCAAAGUAAAAGCUCCAUGGGUGAAGAUGUUUUUCUACGGAGACUAUGAUACAUACAUAAUUCCUGGUAUUGAGUACGUUACAUUGGGAGGUUGCCGUCAAUUCGAUAGCUUUAAGGAAGAAGUUGACAAGUACGAUUCUGCCUCUAUAUGGGAACGCUGUACAGAGCUUUUACCCAAUCUAAAGAGCGCUGAAGUUAUAAGAGAGGUUGCAGGACUUAGGCCACAUAGGACACCAGUACGAGUUGAAAAAGACGUAUUUAUCACCUCUAGUGGGAAGCGUCUUGAUAUCGUUCAUCACUAUGGACAUGGCGGAUAUGGAGUUACAACGGCACCUGGCACGGCUAAAUACGCUGUUCAAUUGGCGGAAGAAGUUCUGAGUGGCAUUAGAUCCAAUAUCCAUUCCAAGCUUUAAAGAACUGCAUAGUAAAUCUUAACUUUAAGGUGCUAUGAAUCUUUUAUUGUUCAAUUGUUAGAAUUGUCUAAUAUUCAAUGGUUAGAUGUGUUUAAUAUACAGUGGGUACCGAAAGUAUCCGUACGGCUGA